UUUCCCACUGGAGCUGGGGAACAGGCUUCAAUGAAAACUGCUUGUUUGCAGCCAUAUGGAGACUGCAGGUGCCACAGCCACUGUUUCCUCCACCUGACCUGCAGCAGAAACUCCACCAUCAGGAUAGGAAGGUAGCCUUGUUGCCUAGCAAAGGUGGGAUGAUUUAUUUCUGUUUCUAGAUUGGUCCCUUUGCUGCACGAGAGAAUUGUUUUCAGACUUCCAAGGAGAAUGAAGCCAGGCUAGAAAUCGGAGUGGAUGUGUGAGAGCUGCUCUCCCAGGGAAGAGAAGGAGUUCCAGGGUUUCUGUGCUUUCUGCUCCCCCUGCACCACGGGACCAUGGUUUUAUCGGCCCCAGUGAUAGCCUUGGGGGCUACCUUAGGCACUGCGACCAGCAUCCUUGCCCUCUGUGGUCUCACCUGCUUUUGCAAAUGCAAGCAGCCUGAAAAAGGACUCUCAGAAAAGGACCAAGAGGACGACACAGAAAACACUAAGCCCAGUGUGCUUCAGCCAGUCCAGCAAUUCAACGUCAAGAAAACUGCAGAGCCAGUCCAGCCUCGAGCACUCCUGAAGUUUCCCAACAUUUAUGGCCCCAAACCAGUAGUGACUUCGCCUGAAAUUGUUAACUACACACAGUACUCUCUGAAGACCACAGAGGAAACAGCUACUGGGAAACAUACUAGUCUGGAUGAGAACAGGAUGAAGAUAGAAGUCAACGAGGAGCUGUUUGUUCUCCCUCAAAACGUUGCAGGUGUGGUAAAGGACGUGUGUGUAACAGAGCACUUGAAGCCUGAGAGGGCAGCCAGCUGCAACCAGGCCCCCGAGCUGCACUACUCCCUUGCUUAUGAUCAACAGAAAGAUGAGCUACGUGUGGCCCUUCUGGAAGCUAUGCAUGGUGGAAUGAGUGGGGACCAUGAAGCUGUCUGCCAUUGCUAUGUACUGGGAACACUGGUGAGCAAGUCUGGCAUUGCUGAGGCCCAGACAGAGCUGAAGAAGAGGGUGCUUCACACCCUUUGGGAGGAGGUCCUGAGAUUCCCAUUGACAGAGGAGGAGAUGACAGAGGGGACACUGACCCUCACCCUGAGAAACUGCGACAAGUUCUCCAGGCACAGCAUUGUGGGGGAACUCAAACUGAGCCUUGCAGACAUGAAGGAUUCCUUUGGGACAGCCCAGUGGGAAAGGCUGAAGAUCCCAGAGAAGGAGCCUUCUACAGGUCAUGGGGAGGUUCUGCUGUCUAUCAGCUACCUGCCAGCAGCUAACCGCCUGCUGGUGGUGAUUAUUAAGGCUAAAAAUCUCCAUUCCAAGCAGCUGAAAGACCUACUUGGCAAUGAUGUUUCUGUCAAGGUGACACUGAAGCACCAGUCCUUGAAACUGAAGAAGAAGCAGACCAAACGUGCAAAGCACAAGAUCAACCCUGUGUGGAACGAGAUGAUCAUGUUUGAGAUGCCUCACGAGCUUCUGCGUGCCUCCAGCGUGGAGCUGGAAAUGCUGAGCCAGGAUGGUGCUGGGCAGAGCCACGUGCUUGGCAAGUGCAGCCUGGGCUUACACGUCGCAGGUACAGAGAGGAGCCACUGGGAAGAAAUGCUGAGGAACCCCAGGAGACAGAUCGCCAUGUGGCACCAGCUCCACAUGUAGGCUCACCAUGGUUGCUGCCAACCAGACUUCCACCAGGCCUUGGAGGUUGAGAGAAUAAGCUGUGGUUCACCUUCUAUCUUCCCCUGCACAAAGCUGCUCGGCACAGCAUUCUCCUUACACUACCUUCUCCGAUGUUCCUGCCUCAGCUUAGCCCAGGAAACUGUCUGCAAAACAUCUUCGAAGGACAGUCUCUCACCUAAUCAAGUGGUCUGCUCAAAGGAGGGGUCUGUCUCGAUAAUUUGAAUUAAUUUUAUUUGCCUGCUUGCUGUCGUUUCUGUGAGGUGUUUGUUUCUGUAGAGGAGCAGAGGGGAGCAAAAGGGACUAUGGAAACCUAAGCCACUCCUUGGCAUCUGGCACUGUCACCCGCAUCCCUUGAUGAAUGCUUGCUCUACAACCACAAACAUGUGGCAGAUGUUCUACCAGUCAGUGUUCUCCAAUGCACUUCAGACUGUGAGAAAUGAAGAUCACAAACCUGAGUGCAGACUAGAGGUAUCAGUGUGACAGAGAAAAGCCAACUGCGGACCCAAGGGAUCAGCAUGACACAGAGAGAGGCCAACUGGAGAACUGAAGGAUCAGCAUGACACACAGAGAAGCCAACAUGCAGUAGUAGACGGAUACCUAGAGAAGGAUACAGAAGUAAGGGGGAGAACAGAGGGUGAAGAGCGUGCGGGACAGUCGACAUUAUCGUCCUCUGUGGUAGCCUUUGAAGCAAACACUGCCAAACAAGAAGUCAAAUUCUUUCCUUCACUUUUGUUUCCUUGAGCCUUCGACACCAUGUAUUUAGGAUUCAUGAAAUCUGCUGAAAGUAAGAGUGCUUCAGGAUCCUUUAGCAAACUUUCUACAGUGUCAGCCAGGAAGGCUUUAGGCAUGGACAAAAGGUCCCAAAAACCUGGGCCAGAUCUUUUUGCUUCCAGCUGCCUUUUCUGUCCAGGUUAGAAUUUCUGAGUUCCAAAUACUCUACAUUCUAAGUAACAUCUCAGACUACACAAAAGAAGAGGAAUAAUUUCAUACCUUAGCAGUUGACUGAUGGUUUUGGUUUGACAGUUGACUAUGACUUCUCACCCUUGAGAACUGCCGUGUGUUUCAUCACUUCCAGACAGAAAGAAUUCACUGAACAGACAGACUCCCCAGGGCUUGCUUUUCUGUGUGCACUUUCAAGAUUUGACGUGACUUAAAUGUUGCUCUUCACUGUCCUUCUUGUGUGUGUCUCUAGAUGGGCUGGAAGUCUGGCAUUGGCGGUGAGGAUGCUGUGACCCCAUAAACACACAGUGUGUCCUACUGCUUUAUUUCAAGGAGCAGACACGGCUAUAAGGGACUUCCACAGGGAUAAGAUAUCCAAGAGUUAUAAAACAGAACCAUAGAGUUUGUAGCACUGAAAAACUCAGAAAACUUCCUGUUUGUAGGGUCAGAUUGAUCCUCUGCUUGAUCCAGAAUCUUAACAUAGACUUCAUCUAGAGUCCAUCUCAUUUUGAUGCCUUGGUCAAGCAGGUCUAGCACAUUGCCAGUAGGAGGCUGCCAUCCUCUUGGCAAAGGGGAAUCACUGGAACCAGUGAACUGAAACCUGGCUGAAGCACCAAGCAUGGAGGGCUAUGAACAGAGGACAUAGCUUCAGCUGCAACAGGAGAAUGGUGUGGCUGCAGCUGGAAGUGGUGACUGGGGCUGGUAGUGAGACUGAUACUGUUGAACACCUUCACAAAUGACUUGGACAGUGGUGCAGAAACAUGCCCUCAGCGAGCCUGCAGAUGAUACAAAACUAGGUGUAGCUGUUGAUGCCACCAGCCAGUUGUGCUGCUGUUCAGAGAGAUGUGGAGGGGCUGGAGAAAUGGGCUGAGAGGAACCUCCUGAAGUUCAACAAGGAAAAGGGACAAGCCUUGUAUCUGGGAGAGAAUAACUCCAUACAUUAGGACAUGCUAGGUGCCAUCCAGAUGGAAAACAGCUUCCCACAAAAGGACCUGGUGGACACCACACUGAACAUAAGCCAGCAAUGUGCUCAUGCAACAAAGUGUGUCAGCAGUGUCUUGAACUGCAUUAGGAAAAACAGGUCAAAGGGAAUGAUCCUUCCUCUACUCUGCAUUGGUGAUGGCACGUUUGGAGUGCUGUGUUCAGUUCUGGGCAUCCCAGUGUUAGAAAGACAUGGACUUACUGGAGAGCAUGCAGCAAAUGUCCAUGAGGAUGAUAAAGGGACUGGAGCAUGUUCUGUAGGAGCAGAGGCUGAGAAAGCUGGGACUGUUCAGCCUAGUCAGGAGAAGGGUUGGAGAAGGGGGUUUAUGGAUACAUCAAUAUAUAUAAAUACCUGAUCUGAGAGAGGAGAAAAGGAGUUGGAGCCAGACUCUCUUCAGUGAUGUCCAGUGACAGGAUAAGAGACAAAGGCACAAAUCUUGAUAGAGGAAAUUCACAGAAUCACAGGAUGUUAGGGGUUGGAAGAGACCUCCGGAGAUCAUCAAGUCCAACUCCCUCUUGCCAGAGCAAGAUCACCAAGGGCAGGCCACACAGGAAUGCAUCCAGGUAGGUUCUGAAUGUCUCCAGAGAAGAGGAAUGCAUCCAGGUGGGUUCUGAAUGUCUCCAGAGAAGAAGACUCCACCAGCUCUCUGAGCAGCCUGCUCCAGUGCUCUGUCACCCUCAUGGUGAGGUGGAACCUCCUGUGUCCUAGCUAGUACCUGUUGUUCCUUGUCCUGUCACUGGGCACCACUGAAAAGAGCCUGGGACUUCCACCUUGACAUCCACCCCUCAGAUAUAUAUAUGUUGAUAAGAUCCCCUCUUGGUCUUGUCAAAACCCCUUUUUUUACUGUGAGGACUUUCACACACUGGAAUGAGCUGCAAAGAGAGGUUGUUGGGAGUCCCCAUCCUUGGAGACACUCCAAAUGGAAUGGGAUAGAGUGCUGAAUAACCUGCUCUGGUUUACCAGGCUUUGAGCAGGGAUGGGUUUGGUCAAGAUGAUUUCCAGAGCUCCUUUUCACCCUCAAGUGAGGCUGUGAGUUUCUGAAGAGACCCACAAGGUUGCUGUGCAUUGAAACAACCCUUACCUUCACCCUGCUGUCCCCUCCAUAAAUGGGUAGCCAGGAGUUGUGGGAUCAUUUCAAAGAGAGGGACAAACCCAGCUUUGACCACCCAACCAAACAGAAAAGCUAAGUAUGCCAGUGAAUCUUACACCCAAAGCUGGGUUGGUAUCACUCCACUGGCUGAAGGAUAUUGAGACAAAACCGAAACUGACUUGUUUUGCUCCAUGGCGUUUUGUUUAGUAACAAAAAGCUUUCACUAAACCAGACACAGGGGUUUAGGGGACAGUGAAUUUGUAGACGUGCCUGUAGCUCUGGAAUAAUAAUUUCCAUUUAGGUGCAAAAUUCAUUGGCCUGCUUUGCAUACAGGCUCCUGUCAGCACUGUUGGCUUUUCCUUCUCUUUAGGGUAAUGAUAAGAAAGAUCACUACUUCAUGGUAUGAUGCUAUUUGGCUGGCACUGGAGAGCCUGGAGGGCCAAAUACUUGCCUUGCUGCCAAGGGAUUUCUCUAGUUCUGCCUGCCCGCUUAUUUUAAUGAGCCUUUUAUAACGUCUUGGUGACUGAGUGUAAACAACUUUAUCUGUAUCUGUCCCUGGUGGUGCUUGCAGGCCCUCUCAUUAGACAGCAGUCAUAUAGCUUCCAAAGGAACAGCUCCUUGCAGUUUGGUGUUGUUGUCCCCUUUUACCGCAGAACAAUAUGUGUGCAAGCACUGCUCAGCUGCAGGUCUGUCUUAGGAGGCAAGUGGCAGUGUUGCUCCCUCCCUUGCUGCCAUGGAAUUUAAAAUGGGGGUGAGCAGAGGAGUGCGAAUUGCUGCGUCUCUCCUGGCUUCAUCCUUGUCGUUAUCUUGCAUCCCAGCCUGCAGGGAAUGCUUCCCGCUUCCAGCACUGGCUGACCAAGGACUGCAGGCCUGGAGUCAGGCAGGCAGCAGUCAUUUGCUGGGGGCUGCAGGCAGGUUGCCCAGGGAGGUGGUUGGAGUCUCAUCCCUGGAGAUAUGCAAGGUGAGGCUCAGCAGGAUUCUGGGCAAUCUAAUCUAGUUGAAGAUACUCCUGCUUACUGCAGAGGAGGUUGGACCUUUGGAGGUCCCUUUCACCCCAGACCAUUCUGUGAUUCUGUGUGAUUUGGUUAUGUUGUGGGAGCUGACUGUCCUGCACAGGAGGAGUGCUGUGUGAGACUGGAGGAGCUCUGCUAACAGAAGCUGUUUGUCCCUGCAUUCCAGAGCCUGACCCUUGAGAUUGCCUGUUUAGCAAUGCACCCCUGAGUCCCAGCACUCCAAGGUGCUAGACUGGCCUGAGCAGACAGACUGUGGGGAGAUGCUGUGAUAGAUGACAGCAGCAUGAAUGUGAGCACAAAGUACUUGGAAAUGCUCAGUGCCGUCACAUAAAACAGCUUCAGCAGCAAGAGCCACAGAAGUAUCCCUUAAGUACAGUAUUGACAGACAACAGAGCUGACCAACCCUGUGGCUUCCAGCUGUAAAUACAGGAGCACCACAAACAUGUCUUUAGUUAAAGGGUGCUGCUUCUAAACUGCACCAAAAGAGAAGCAGCAAAAACCCAAUUAUGGUGAUUAAAGUUCUUAAGCUGCCUGUGUGAUCAAGAAUACUCAUUAGCUUCCCUAGUGGCUACUUAGUAGUUGCACUGAUUGUUUUUCCUGCUAUCAUCCAUAGAGAAGCUGGAAGCAAAGAGACUGUAGGGAAGAAGGGAGGAAAAAAGGAGGGGAGAACAGUUUACCUGGUCAGAAUAAACAGUCCUUUUAACAAAGAGCCAGAGAGCCACCAAGUGAAGCACAGGGAUUCACAGUCUCUCAUCCAGUGACAGAAACCAAGCAGCACAACUGCUGUGAAAUGGUCUGAGAAGCACAGCUCCUGUACUGCAUCCAGUAUCUCCUGGGAGAAGCAGUCUACUGCGCUCUCCACUGAGGAUGGGACUGAGAGGCCAGAAGAAAUAUCUUCUAAAUACAUUAAGGAGUUACUUGGUAAAAAUAUAGACUGUAGCCAUGUGCUGCUUUGCCUCAGCCUGCCCUCAGAGCUAGAUCUUCCUGGAGAAAUGGUCUAGUUUGAUUUUAGGCAGUUUCUGAUGCACUAGAAAAGAUUAAAAAGCACAGAUAAUUGACAGGCACUCAAACAUCUCUGGGAUGAUUUAGACUCGUUGCUACCCUCGGCCCCCUUCCCCAGUUGUAAGGGGGAGUGGUUGCUGCUGGUCUCCUGGAUGGAUGAUUGUUUUUCCAUGCGGAGUUUUCCCCUCACUCCUUGUCCCCAUCACUCUUUGUCCCUUGCACGGUGAGAUGAACCAGCUUUGCUUUGCAAAGAAGUAGCAGAGCAGAUACUAAUGGAAAAUUCCCUUCAACAGGGCUGGAAAAUGGUUCAGACUCAACCGUUCUCCCAGGUGUUGCUGAGCUUUCAGCACCUUGAACAAAAAGUACUUUGCAUUUCACUACCAUCUGUUGUCAUGUUAUCUGGCAGUAGAGCCUUAAAGGUAGCCAGUUUUUCAAACCAAAAUAGAGAGGGUUGUAUCUGGGAUCUAGAAAUACAGCCCAGGGUUUGCCCAAUUGUUCCUUGUGUCUAAGAUGAACUGGGCACAAUGACCUUUAUUAAGAACUGGGGACUGAGGUGGCUCACACCGCACUCCUCUUAGGAAGGGCAGUCUGAAUCUGGGUUGAAGUGAAGGGCAGUGCUUUGGCAGCAUCAUUGAUGUUUUCCCUUCUGUGUUCAGAAUGUAUUUGUGUCUCACCGUGUUGGGUUCAUUUGCUGAAAGAUAAGCAUGAGGAGUUGACACCAACACUUGAGAUUAUUUCUUCUGUUAGAUGUAACUGAACUGCGCGAGAAUAGUGGCAAAGUGAAAUGGUGCUUUGUAGCCUUCCAGCAUGAGAAGGCUUCUCUGCUUUCUUAGUCUUUUUGUGUCCCACGUGCUGCUGUACAGAGCCAAGCAGUGUUUGUUGAAACUUGGUAUUGUUUGCACAGUCCAAAGCACAAGAACAGAGCAUGGGGCUCGGCCGCUGUGUCUGCUGUUACAGCACAACACCUAAAUCACCAUGAGUAAAUAAUUCCAGGCUGAA